AUGACAAUUGCAUUGAGCAGUCUGAACGAGGAAUUCCGGAAACGAGAAGUGGAUCGUAUCAUGCGUGACAAUGAAGAACUGUUCAAAAGGAUGAAGCAACGUUUGACAAACACUCGUCGACCACGCUGGGAAGACUCGUGGGCCAACACUUUGAUCUACCUGGACAACAUUUCUAAAUACCCAACUACCACAUGCAAGGACGAGACAGAACAAGAAAAGGAUCGUCAGAAACUGUCACGGGAAGAUGACAAAUCAAUACGCCCGUUUGUGGAAACUGUGGAAAAUAAGGCGCUCGAGAUGAUCAGCACGUUGGAUCCGAAUCACAUGGUGCUGAAUCUGAACGAUCCGGAGAUCAGACGAGAUCCGGAUUAUUGCAAACUGGUCCAAGCAGAACCGGUAGACGAGCCACCAGAAGCAGUGCGAGGAUUUGUGGCCACAGUGAUUCAGACAGCACUACAACAUGUUUACGAGCAAGGUUUGCGCUCAGAUCCAUCCAAGACACCCGAGAACGCGUAUAGGUUGUUAGAAGUCGUACGAUAUCCCAGUGACAACCGGAAGACAGAUAUGAUUGAUUAA